UCGAUAGUGGGAGGAGGCAGGAGGAGGAUAGAGGCGGGAGAGGAGAGCGAUGCAGGGAUGCUGCUGACUGAGUGAGUGAGUAAAGAGUGGAUGUUGGCUGCCUCACAUCGCCGUCGUUGUUGUGGAGGACGAGAAGGAGGGGGGUACAGCCUGUCGUGGAGCGGUUUGCUCUCCCACAUCACAUUCCUUCUCUCCGUGGACAAAGGAAGAUGAAGAGCCUCUCUGCUCCUCCUCGCCAGUCACUCGUCAACUCUCAGAGGAUAAAAUAACAUUUCAAAAUAGGGGAGCAAAGGCAACAAGACAAAGAAGGAAAGAUGACCAGGCUGGCGCACAUGCUUGCCUUCUGCAUGACUUUCUGCGCCUUCCGUGGAGCGUCUGCUGCCAACAACUAUAAUUGCAAUGGCCCUUUGGUGUCCGCACUUCCGCGCUCGUCUUUUCAGAGCUCGUCGCAGUCCUCAGUCAGCUACGCCGCCCACCACGCUAAGUUGCACAGGACAGACGGGGCCGGCGGCUGGUCUCCAAUGGCGAGCGACAAGGAGCCGUGGCUCCAGCUGGACCUCAGGGAGCAGAUGGAGGUGACAGCGGUGGCCACACAAGGAUGCUAUGACAGCUGGGACUGGGUCAGCACGUAUUUACUCCUCUACAGCGAUACAGGCCGAGCGUGGAGGCGCUAUCGCUAUGAUGAUGGCACAGAGACAUUUGUUGGGAAUAUAAAUUCGGAGGGUGUCAUUCAGAACAAGCUCUCUCACUCGAUAAGAGCCCGCUUCCUUCGAUUCGUGCCUCUCGACUGGAAUCCAAGCGGUUGGAUGGGCCUCAGGGUGGAAGUUUACGGCUGUUCCUAUAAGUCCCAUGUGGCAGAUUUUGAUGGCAGAAGCUCCCUGCUGUAUCGAUUUAACCAAAAGUCCAUGUCCACCGUGAAAGAUGUCAUCUCGCUGCUGUUUAAGAGUCAGCAGGCCAACGGGGUUUUGCUGCAUGGCGAGGGGCAGAGAGGAGACUAUAUCACUCUGGAGCUCCAUCGGGGAAAACUGGACUUCUACCUAAACUUAGACGACAGCCGACCAAGUUUGAGCGUCCCCCGCAUUGCCGUCACGGUGGGCAGUCUUUUGGACGACCAGCAUUGGCACGCGGUGCACGUGGAGCGCUUCAACAAGCAUGUCAACCUCACAGUGGACGCCCACACACACCACUUCCAAACCCAAGGGGAGGCCUACUCGCUGGAGGUGGACUAUGAGCUGAGCUUCGGUGGAAUCCCACUUCCUGGAAAACCUGGCACGUUCCUCAGGAAGAACUUCCAUGGAUGCAUGGAGAACCUGUAUUACAAUGGCAUAAAUAUCAUUGACCUGGCCAAACGACGCAAGCCACAGAUACACAGUGUGGGCAACGUGACCUUCUCGUGCUCGCAGCCCCAGCUGGCGGCUUGUACCUUCCUGAGCGCCAACAGCAGCUUCCUGACACUUCCGUCAGUAGCGGCGGGGGCCCCUGCCAUGGGGGACUUCUCCGCCCGCUUCCACUUCCGCACAUGGAAUACCGCGGGGCUGCUGCUGUCUGCGCCACUCGGCCCAAGGCCCCAGAGAGCACAGCUCCACAUCCACAACGGCCGGCUGCAGCUGACCCUGUAUGCCUCUGGGCACAAGUCGGAGGUCUCUCCAGAUUACACAGUCAAUGAUGGAUUGUGGCAUUCUGUGAGUCUGGAGACAAGCAAUUUCCUCAUCCGUCUGACAGUGGAUAGGGAGUUGCCAUCGGAGAUCGAACUGUCAGCGGCGCUGAAAUUGAGAGGAAACUUUUAUUUUGGAGGAUGUCCCACUGGUGACUGUCCAUCCCCGGCCUUUCAGGGAUGCAUGCAGCUCAUCUCCAUUAACGGCCAGCAAAUGAACCUCAGCCACGUGCAGCAAGGCAUGCUGGGAAACUUUAAUCACCUUCACUUUGACACGUGCGGCAUCAUGGACAGGUGUGUUCCCAACAAGUGCGAGCACGGCGGGCUUUGCUCGCAGACCUGGCACACUUUUUCUUGCGACUGCUCCGGAACAGGAUACUCGGGAGCAACUUGUCACAGCUCCAUCUAUGAGUCAUCCUGCGAAUCCUACAAGUUGAACGGCGGUUCCUCAGGCUUUUAUUCCAUCGACCCCGAUGGCAGCGGACCCCUAGGGGCCACACAGGUGUACUGUAACAUGACAGAAGAGAAGGUCUGGACGGUUUUGGCCCACAACAGCACUGCUCCAGUCCGAGUGCAGGCUUCAUUACUGCAGCGGCCUCACAUCAUGGUGCUCGACUACGGCGCCUCAUCGGAACAACUGCACACAAUCGUGUCAAGGUCAGAGCAGUGCCAACAAGAAGUGGCUUACAACUGCAAGAGGUCCCGUCUCUUCAACACAAAAGAUGGCAGUCCAAUGUCUUGGUGGCUGGACCGACGCGGAGAGAGGCGGAGCUAUUGGGGAGGCUUUCUGCCAGGAAUCCAGCAGUGCUCCUGCAGCCUGGAAGAGAACUGUGUUGACAUGAACUACUUCUGCAAUUGUGACGCUGAUGCAGACAUAUGGGCCAACGACACAGGCGUUCUCUCUUACAAAGACCACCUACCAGUGAGCCAGAUAGUGAUCGGAGAUAUCGGCAGAGCCGGCUCGCAGGCCAUCUACCAUAUCGGCUCUCUGCGUUGUUAUGGAGACAGGUCUAUGUGGAAUGCAGCCACCUUCUACCAAGAAUCAUCGUACCUCUAUUUUCCCACCUCACCAGCCGAGCUUGCAUUAGACAUCUCCUUCUACUUCAAAACGAGCGCUCCCUCAGGAGUUUUUGUGGAGAACCUGGGCCUCAAAGACUUUGUCAGAGUGGAACUCAGCUCUCCAUCCACAGUGUCAUUUUCCUUUGAUGUCGGAAGCGGUGCGGUGGUCCUGUCCAUCAAGUCGCACAUGCUGCUGAAUGACCGUCAGUGGCAUUACAUCAAGGCAGAGCACAAUGUCAAGGAGGCCUCCCUGCAAGUGGACCAGCUUCCUGCACGCUUCCUGUCUGCUCCUGCGGACCGACAGCUGCCCUUAAAGCUAAGCAGCCAGCUUUUUGUCGGCGGAACGACCUCGCUGCAGCGGGGUUUCUUGGGCUGCAUGAGGAGCCUGAUGAUGAAUGGUCGGAGCUUGGACCUGGAAGAACGGGCCAAAGUUACGCCGGGGGUGAGCGCCGGGUGCCCCGGGUACUGCAGUGGCUCUAGCAGCCUAUGCCACAACAGGGGGCGGUGCAUCGAGAAAAGCAACGGCUACACGUGUGACUGCUCCCAGUCGGCCUAUGCGGGGACCUCAUGUAACCAAGAGGUGUCGGUGUCGUUUGACCGAGAGUCAUCGCUGACCUACACACAUCAGGAGCCUUUCUCCGUGAUGCUGAACAAAAGCUUGCAGGCGGAGAGCAGCAGCAGCAGCCGGGCCAGAGAGGACUUUUCAUUCAGCUUCAUCACCUCUCAGAGCCCCGCCAUGCUGUUUUCUGUCAGCACCCUCAGCCGCCAGUACAUUGCUGUAAUUGUGGCCAGGAAUGGGAGUCUGCAGAUCUGGUACCACCUGCAGGCAGACAGGAAGCCAGACGUGUUCUGCCCCACUACCACUAAUCUGGCAGAUGGACGAAGCCACAGAGUACGAAUCCAGAGAGUGGAGGAGAAAAUCUAUGUUAAGGUGAGGCAGGCACAGGUGGACCAGGACAUCCCCAGAAAAUACACCCUUUCCUUUGAUGGAGAAUUAGUCUUGAUCAGAACUUUGACAUUGGGUAAAGUCACCAGGUUGGAUGCUUUCUAUGAGGAAGUAGCUGAAGCUGCUGCGGAGGGUUUCGUGGGCUGCCUCUCGUUGGUUCAGUUCAACAACAUGGCACUGCUAAAGGCGGUACUCACCAACCCUGGAAGGUCAUUGGUCACUGUCCGUGGCCCAUUGGUCCAGUCAAAUUGUGGUGCGCUGGCAGACUCUUCCUCGCGAUCUUUGCAAGAUCAAACUAUGACAACAAAUAAUGGAAAGAAGAAGCAUGGGCGUGAUACACAGAAUGAUGUGGCUGUCAUUGCAGGAGUGGUUACGGCGGUGGCCUUCAUCAGCGCGUGUGCUCUCGCCGCCACCACCCGCCUCCUUUACCAGCGGCGGCAAGCCCAUCGUGACGUCGUCGUGAAGCAAGAGGGAACACCCGCUGUCUACAUGGACUACAGGACUGAGACACAGCCCCGUGGCUCGGUGCGGGAGAACAUGAAGGAAUAUUACAUCUGAUCUUCGCCUGACACAAAGCACCAAAGUCUGUUGUACUGGAGCAGCCCUCACAACAAAUACAUUGGCGCUCCCUUUUGAAGUCUCUCAAAAACAACCCCGGAUUGAAAAUGUGAAAAUAAAUAAAUAAAUCUAUCAAAUAAAAUCCUGAAAAAAGCUGGAAAAUAGACUACUUGAAACAUGUUUUCAGCAUCUCUGUUUGAUUUGGGUGGAACUGCAAUUGUAGUUCUUCUCUUGUAUACAGCAGAAGAUGAAUGUUAGACUUGAAGGAAAUACGCGGUGCAAAAAAAAUAAAAUAAAAAAAAAUAAAACGGGUGCAUUAUAAUCUCUCCGACUUGACGGAUAUUCCCACAUUUCCGUGGGAACUCCCGAGGGAAAGUGCACAUGGCAGCCGUCGGAGAAGGAAUAAGGUCAGCGCGGACCUAAAGUGCACGAGUGCCUCAUUUAAAUACCAACCUUUUAGAAAAGGAGCAUUUGAGUUCUUCUUCCCCAGUGACCAGAACCCCCAGUGAGGUUCACCCUUGCUGUUUGGACAUUACAACGAGCAGAGGACACCAAUUAAAUCCAAGAGACUCAGCUCUUUUGUUGACCUUGUGCACGUAUCCAAACCACUUCAUGCUUGGGAGUGUUUCUGGGAUUCAUGUUGGCUCCCUCGGUAUUCCUGAAUGCUGCACUCUUUGGGUGCAUCCGUUUAGAUGUAGGCUGGCAACUCUUGAAAGUCUGUUCUACCUUUGAUAGCUGUGUUCCUUCUUGUGUAUUCUUAUUUUUCCAGUAUAAGAACAAGAUGUAUAUUGUAUCAUGAGGGCAACGGUGAGGCGGAUCAUUUAAACAAAGUCAUAAAAGGAUGACAGUAUGUGAAUAAAAAUGAACAAUGACUUGUGA